AUGGCCACCAGCGAUAUAACUUUCCAGAAGAUAGCACGCCAAGAAAACGUUACAAAACCAUCAUGCAGAGAUGCGAGAGAUGUAACCGUAAUACAGCCUUAUAAUCGUAAGGGCGGUUAUAGUUUCUUUGUGACCAACACUACUGUGGCUGCCGAUAACUGGAACGCUACAAAUAUCAAGCUAUUCUUCUCCAGAAAACCAGGAAAAAACUGUACGGCCGUUCCCGUCUUUCACAGAGCAGACUACCGUCGCCUAUACUUCGGGGAAAUUUACAAUGUCACUGGCUACUACUUUUACAAUGCGUACGCCUUUGCGGACUACUGCGCUACUCAAGAAGGUGAAUGUUUGGGUAAGGACGAGAUACAAGAGUAUGUGAAUGAUAAGGGCGACUACUCUUACGAGAAGCCUGGAAGGGAGACGAAGAACAUGAAAAGCUCCGAUUUA